AUGCCUCACAAAAUUGAGGAAAUCAAGGACUUUCUGCUCGCAGCCUGGCACAAGGAUGCCAAGUCUGUGAAGAUCAAGAAAAACAAGGAUAAUGUGAAGUUUAAAGUCCAAUGCAGCAGAAACCUGUACACCUUGGUCAUCACAGACAAAGAGAAGGUAGAGAAGCUGAAGCAGUCCCUGCCCCCAGGUUUGGCAGUAAAGGAGUUGAAGUGA